AUGUCUAAAACGUUAACCAAAACGAAACACGUGCUGGUCAGGUGUUGGAAAGAGUUUAGCGAAAAUAGUUCGAUAAAUGCCUUGCGGUAUCCUUUCAACGGUCAACUGCCGAAAAUAGAACAGUUCUGGUGGAGAAAAUCAAUCGUCAGUUUCUUGGUCGCAUACUGUUUCGUCAUCGUGACACUGUACUUCAAGUGGGUUAUGAACCCAGUGGUAGUAACCUACACCCGUACGAUGCAUCCGCUUUGGGAGCUUCCAUUUCCAGCCGUUACAAUUUGUCCGAUGACCAAAGUUAGGGUUGAAGAGGUUAAUCUGACGGAUGUUUUGGUUCGCGUGCGAAGAGGAGAAACGUUCGAUGAAUAUGAAAGUAUGAAACUCUACACAUUGUCCCAAGUGUGCCCAUUCAUGUGGAUGUGGUACAAACAAAAGACACCCGCUAACAAAACUUCAUCACAAGUAUUACAAAAUAUGUCUCUUUCUAUAAAUGAUCUAUUUUUGAACUGCUAUUGGAAAAACAUUAAGUGGCCCUGCUACGAGAUAUUAGCUCCCACUAUGACAGAGAAUGGAGUGUGUUACACAUUCAACCAGAUUUCUUCAGAUCAAUUGCUGCGAAAAGAAAACAUUAAUUUGGAAAGUGUUGUUACCAACUCAUGGUUACCAUCUGAUUGGAACAUGGAAACAGGGUAUGGGGAUAAUGCUGGAGUAGACAGCUACCCGUUUCGACCACUUGCGAAGGGAUAUCAUUCAGGUUUGGCAAUCGUUUUGAAAACCAGGCAAAUGGACACUGAAUAUUUGUGUGAAGGACCCAACAAGGGAUUUAAAGUUUCAAUACACCCUCCAGACGAGUAUUGGACCAUGUCUAACAGAUUUUUUAGAUUACCCUUUCAGCAAGCGCUACUGCUCACAGUAGAUCCAAAAUUGACAACUAUUUCGCAAGAUUUAAAGAAACAUCAUCACACUAGGCGACAAUGCUACUUCAACGAUGAACGUUACCUGAAAUUUUUCAAAAUCUAUAAUACCAAUAACUGCCUAUUCGAAUGCUUUGCUAACCUUACGGAUUCUUUUUGUCAUUGCGACCAAAUCACACGACUUAGAGGCUUGAAUACAACGGUUUGCGUGGGAGAGCUUAAAGAUUGUCCAGAAAUCAUUCUCCACAAGCAGGAGAGAAGUCACCAAAGUCUCAACGGGAAUGAAGAAUGGAUCGGUCCAUGUGAAUGUUUACCAGCUUGUGCUUACGUGACAUACGAUGUGGAGGUAUCGAGAACUCCGUUCAAUCCCCAUAAGUUGGCUCGAGCUCUCUUCGAUACCAGCGACUUCUACACACACUCACAUGAUUACGCUUUGCUUGCCGUUGGAAUCAAAAGCAAAUGGAUGCUCCCCAUGAAGAGAUGCGAAUUGAUGGACUACGGUGACCUGAUGGCGCAAAUUGGUUGUCUAUUUGGACUGAUGAUGGGAGCCAGCGUGGUCAGUUUGGUGGAGAUCCUAUAUUUUUGCCUGGUGCGGCCGUUGGUUCAGAUACUUAAGAAAUCCGAUACUGCACGCCCUGCAAUACCGUGGGUCAAGUGA